AUGUUAGAUCAAUUAUUGGACGGCGAUGAAGCUUCGUGUAUUGAAGAUGCUUCGAUAGGUUCUAGCGCGGUUACAGUAUUUCUUAAAGCUCUCAACAAUUUUUGCGGUGAAGUUAUAAAUGUAACUAGCGAUCACACAACCUUUGAAGUUAGAAAUUUAUACGAGGUUGUAAUAAACAAAGAAGUAGAAAAAGCAAAAGAAGAUUUAAAGCCAGUCAUAAUCAUAGAUGCUGGCCAGCAGGGAGGCAAAGAAUCUGUGAUGUUGGCUUUGUAUGUUAUUGAACAGCUAGUCGCUUGUAAUGAUAACAGUGAAAUGAUCGAGAAAGUCAAAUGGGUUGUACUUCCGAGUACCAACCCUGAUGGAAUGGAAUUUGCGAGAUAUUUGAUGCCUUAUUGGAAAAAGAAUCUGAAGCCGUUAGACGACGGUCCUAGAUUGGGCGUGGAUAUAAGCCGGAAUUUCGAUAAGGAAUGGAAUUCAUGUCCCGAAGUGGAGAACAAAUUUUCUCAAAUAUACCCCGGUGCAGCGGCAGCUUCCGAAAAUGAAACGAUAUUCAUACAAAAUGCUCUGAAGAAAUAUCAAAAAAAUGCAAAAAUAUAUUUGUCCAUAAGACGAGAUGGCCAUUCUAUAGCAUAUCCCUAUGGCUACUCAAAAACUGCACCAUCAAACGAAGCUAAGCUUAAGCGAGUGGCGAGUGAAAUCGCUACAAGAGUAAAUCAAAAAACUAAUGGAAUAUAUUUAUUUGUGAAUACAAGUAUUUAUGAGCUUGAAGGAAAACAGUAUUGUGGUCAUAGUGUGGACUACGCAAACGACCUAGGAAUACCCUUAUGUUUCGAAAUGCGUGUGUUUCUGGAGAACAAUAACAAAAUUAUUUCCAAGUUUCACAAAAUGCCGCGGGGUUUUGAAGCUUCACUCCGAAAUGGAUAUUUCAGUGGAAUAAGGGAAUUGUACAACGUCAUUGUAAAUCAGAAAAAAUAUCCGAAAAUGUUCGAUUAA